AUGAGAGACCGGACCUGUCAGGACGCGGCCAUCAUGGGCUCUAAGGACUCGCCCUCCGUCUGCGCCGCCAUCCCCGGAAAGACCUUCGUCAACAUCAAACCAGCUGAGGUUGGUGUCCUGGUUGGCAAAGACCGGUCAAGUUUUUUCAUGAGUGGGCUGACACUUGGGGACCAGAAAUGUUCUGUUAUCCAGGACUCACUGCUGCAGGAUGGGGAGUUCACCAUGGACUUUUGUACCAAGAGCACCGGUGGAGCCCCCACUUUCAACAUCACUGUCACCAUGACUGCCAAGAUGCUAGUCCUGCUGAUGGGCAAAGAAGGUGUCCACGGUGGUAUGAUCAACAAGAAAUGUUAUGAAAUGGCCUCCUACCUGCGGCAUUCCCAGUACUGACCUCGUCCUUCCCUGCCCCCCACCACUCCCCACGGCUUUUGCACCCCUCUCCUUCCCAGACACACACAUACACCAUUUUUAUUUUUUGGGCCAUAACCCCACACCCCUUAUUGCUGCCAAAACCACAUGGGCUGGGGGCUGGGGCUGGAUGGACAGACACCUCCCCUUACCCAAAGCCCUCCUGUGUGUGGUUGGAAAACUUUUUUUUUUGUUUUUUGGGGUUUUUUUUCUGAAU